AUGGUCCGGCUCGCGACGAUGCUUCUCAGCCUUGCCUCGGCCGUCUAUUCGCAGGCGCCGCUGCAGUUUAGCACCCCAAUGCCCUACGUCCUCACGCUCAACGGCAGCGGUCCCGUGACGCAAAUCAUCUCUCGCCCGCGGGCCACGUCGCUCUCGGUGCACAUUGCGUCGAUGCGGCUUCCGCCGGGCGCGACGCUGACGAUCGGUACCGAGGAUGGUCGCGAUAAAGUCGUGUACACGGGCGACCUCGACGACGUCGACUCGGCCGUCUUUACGCAGCCGCGCCUUCUUCUCAACUACUCGUCUCCGACGUACUCGACCGGCAGCAGCGCGCCGAUCGUGACGAUCGACACGUACUUUGCUGGCGGCGCCAACGCUGGCGGCCUCGAGUCUAUCUGCUCAACAGCCGGCUACGCGUCCGUGGGUGUCGCUUGUUUAUAUGCUGACGCGGCCAAGACCGCAGUGUCGAGAGCCGUCGCGCGGCUCGUCAUCCGCGGCAAGUCGCUCUGCACGGGCUGA